UGGCCUUAAAAACCAGAACCAACGCAUUCCAGCGAUCCCUCGAUGGCGAGCUCAGGAUCCGACAAACCCUUGAAAAAGAUCGCCGACGCCUUCGAAGGUCUCGCGGCGACCUCGUCAUCCUGAUCUCGCCAAUCAAUCGUUCUCUCCUUUCGAUUGGUCGAGGAUCUGACGGGGGCGUCGGCGUCGAUCUCGACGCUGCAGUUGCUGGUCGAGGAGGACGUGAGAGGGGAUCGAGUUAGGGCAGGGGGGAGCCACUCGAGGAAUCUGCUGAGGGUGCUGCGUGGGCUUGACAUGGUUAGGGUUCUGUUCGAGCAGAUUCUCGUCUCCGAGGGAAAUUCUCUUAGGGAUCCAGCAUCAGUGGCUUACACAAAGGUCUUUGCACCCUACCAUGGUUGGGCUAUCAGAAAAGCAGUUAGUGCAGGACUUUUUACCCUUCCUUCAAAGUCACAGCUCUUGAAAAAACUGAAUGAAGAUGAGGCAUCAGCAAAGAUUCAGAUGCAGAAAUAUGUAACCUCAGCUGCCCCCGUCAUUCACUACGUCGAGGAAUUGUUCAUCUCAAGAGAAUUGGGUAUCGAUUGGUGAGGAGACUACAGUCAUGCUUGCUAAUACUGAUCUAUAUGACCUAUAUUUGCUGCUUCGUGCAUUUAAAUAUCUUGAACGUAUCGGAAAGCCGAUGCAAACCCAGGUAAAGAAGAAGAGCUUGGAUCUUCAAAACAUGGCAUGCGUGUGUCAUGCUCUUUUCCUACAAAUUCAUAUUUUUGUUGUGUUGUGGUGAUGUAUUUUGGCAUUUGACAGUAAUAUAAUUUACAAUAUUUAUCUGUUGAUUUGUUAGCAAAUUUCUGGCCUGUUCAAACUUUUGAUGUAUUGUUAACCCAAUUCAUAGAAACUGAUCGACCUCGUUCGUUUC